CCUGAAAAUCUGUUACUCACCAGCCGAAAUGCAGAUGCGGAAAUCAAGGUGGCCGAUUUUGGUUUAGCCAUUCGCGUCCGGGACGAUCGUCCGCAUUGGAACGGGCUUGCUGGCACCUACGCAUACAUGGCUCCGGAAAUGCUCCAAGGAAUAGCGUACACCAAAGCCGUCGAUAUGUGGUCAAUGGGUGUCAUCCUUUAUCUUCUCCUGUCUGGUCACCCACCGUUUUGGGAUAAGGAUGAGGAGAUGCUGAAAGCCAAAAUCAUUCGAGGAGACUAUCGAGUAAGUUGCUUUUGA